AGCGGCUGCUGACGGAGGAGCAGCGAGGCCUCCAUUUUGCCUCCAGAGAGCCCCGACGAGCGCAGGAGGAGGAGGAGGAGGAAGCAGCAGGUGAGGCCCGCCGGCCCGAUCCCCGCACCCAGCCAGGCCGCCGCGAGGCCCGUGCCCCCCGAUCCUCUCUGUCCUCGAGUCCUCUCUGAGGCAGUUCUUUACAGCUGCAGCCAUGUCUGACUUUGUGGAGAGUGAAGCCGAGGAGGAGUCUGAGGAGGAGUUCAAUGAAGACGGGGAGGUGGUUCCCAGACCAACCAAGAAGUUUGUAGAAGAAGACGACGAUGAGGAGGAGGAGGAGAACCUAGAUGAUCAGGAUGAGCAGGGGAACCUGAAGGGGUUCAUUAAUGAUGACGACGAUGAAGAGGAGGAGGAUGACGAGGAGGCCAGUGAUUCGGGAGACUCCGAUGUUGGGCAUAAAAAGAGAAAGCGGACUUUUGAUGAUCGCCUUGAAGAUGAUGACUUUGACCUCAUUGAAGAAAACUUGGGCGUCAAAGUUAAACGGCAAAAAUUCAGGCGGGUGCGGAAGAUGUCUGAUGAUGAAGACGACGAAGAGGAGGAUUACGGCAAGGAAGAGCACGAGAAGGAAGCCAUUGCUGAAGAGAUCUUCCAGGAUGGGGAGGGCGAGGAGGGAGGCGAUGCUGUUGAAGGCCCCAUGGCCCCUGCUGAGGAAGAGGAGGAGGAAGAGGAAGAUGAGUCUGACAUUGAUGACUUCAUCGUGGAUGACGAUGGGCAGCCGCUGAAGAAGCCCAAGUGGAGGAAGAAGCUCCCUGGCUACACAGAUGCUGCUUUGCAAGAAGCUCAGGAGAUCUUUGGAGUGGACUUUGACUACGAUGAGUUCGAGAAAUACAAUGAGUACGAUGAGGAUCUGGAGGACGAGUAUGUGUACGAACCCGAAGAGGCAGAAGGCGAGAUCCGCGUCCGGCCCAAGAAGACCACCAAGAAACGCGUCAGUCGCCGCAGCAUCUUUGAGAUGUACGAGCCCAGUGAGCUGGAGAGCAGCCACUUGACGGAUCAGGACAACGAGAUCCGGGUGACCGACAUGCCUGAGAGGUUCCAGCUGCGUUCAAUACCUGUGAAGAAUGCCGAAGAUGACGAGCUGGAAGAAGAAGCGGACUGGAUCUACCGGAAUGCUUUUGCCAUGCCCACCAUCUCCCUGCAGGAGAGCUCCGAUUACCUGGACCGCGGCCAGGCCAGCAGCAGCUUCAGCCGCAAGGGCCCCAGCACCAUCCAGAAGAUUAAAGAAGCCCUGAAUUUCAUGCGGAACCAGCAUUUCGAGGUUCCGUUCAUCGCCUUCUACAGGAAGGAGUACGUGGAACCGGAGCUGAACAUCAAUGACCUCUGGCGGGUGUGGCAGUGGGACGAAAAGUGGACCCAGCUGAAGCUCCGUAAGCAGAACCUGACCCGUCUCUUUGAGAAGAUGCAGGCCUUCCAGUAUGAGCAGAUUUCUGCCGAUCCAGACAAGCCUCUGGCUGAUGGAAUAAGGGCUCUGGACACCACAGAUAUGGAGAGGCUGAAGGACGUGCAGUCGAUGGACGAGCUGAAGGACGUGUACAACCACUUCUUGCUGUAUUACGGCCGAGACAUCCCCAAGAUGCAGAAUGCAGCCAAGGCCAACCGCAAGAAGCAGAAGCGCGUCCGGGAGGACGGGGAAGAGGAGGAAGGUGAAGAUGAUGUGGAAGACGAAGAGCAGAAGGGGCCGGAGCUCAAACAAGCGUCGCGUCGGGACAUGUACACAAUCUGUCAAACGGCCGGUUUAGACGGCCUGGCCAAGAAGUUCGGUCUGACCCCGGAGCAGUUCGGCGAGAACCUGCGUGACAGUUACCAGCGCCACGAGACGGAGCAGUUUCCGGCGGAGCCCUUGGAGCUGGCCAAGGACUACGUGUGCGGCCAGUUCCCCAGCCCCGAGUCCGUGUUGGAGGGCGCCUGCUACAUGGUGGCCCUGCAGAUCGCCCGGGAGCCCCUGGUCCGGCAGGUCCUGCGGCAGACGUUCCAGGAGAGGGCCAAGAUCAACAUCUCCCCGACCAAGAAGGGCAAGAAGGAUGUCGACGAGGCCCACUAUGCCUACUCGUUCAAGUACCUGAAGAACAAGCCCGUCAAGGAGCUGCGGGACGACCAGUUCCUGAAGAUGUGCCUGGCUGAGGACGAAGGCCUCCUGACCAUCGACCUCUGCAUCGACAUGAAGGGGGUGGAGGGCUACGGCAGCGACCAGACCUACUUUGAAGAGAUCAAGCAGUUCUACUACCGGGACGAGUUCAGCCACCAGGUGCAGGAGUGGAACCGCCAGCGCACCCUGGCCAUCGAGCGGGCGCUCAACCAGUUCCUCUACACACAGAUGGCCAAGGAGCUGAAGAACAAGCUGCUGGUGGAAGCCAAGGAGUUCGUCGUCAAGGCUUGCAGCCGGAAGCUGUACAACUGGCUCAAGGUGGCGCCUUACCGGCCAGACCAGCAAGUGGAGGAGGAUGACGACUUCAUGGAUGAGAACCAGGGGAAAGGCAUCCGGGUGCUGGGCAUCGCCUUCUCCUCAGCCAGGGACCACCCUGUCUUUUGUGCCCUGGUGAACGGAGAAGGCGAGGUCACGGACUUCCUGCGCCUGCCCUACUUCACCAAACGGAGGAACGCCUGGCGAGAGGAAGAGAGGGAGAGGAAGGCCCAGGAUAUUGAAACCCUGAAGAAAUUCCUGCUCAGUAAGAAACCCCAUGUGGUAACAAUUGCAGGCGAGAACAGAGACGCCCAGAUGUUGAUGGAGGACGUGAAGCGCAUUGCCCACGAGCUGGACCAAGGACAGCAGCUCUCCUCCAUUGGGGUGGAGCUGGUGGACAAUGAGCUGGCCACCCUCUACAUGAACAGCAAGAAGUCGGAGAACGAAUUCCGGGAUUACCCCCCUGUCCUGCGCCAAGCCGUCUCCCUGGCUCGCCGCAUCCAGGACCCUCUGAUCGAGUUCGCCCAGGUCUGCAGCUCGGACGAGGACAUCCUGUGCCUCAAGCUCCACCCUUUACAGGAGCACGUGGUGAAAGAAGAGCUGCUGAACUCCCUCUACUGCGAGUUCAUCAACCGCGUGAACGAGGUGGGAGUGGACGUCAACCGUGCCAUCGCCCACCCGCACAGCCAGGCCCUCCUGCAGUACGUCUGUGGCCUCGGGCCCCGCAAGGGCACCCACCUGCUGAAGAUCUUGAAGCAGAACAACACCCGGCUGGAGAACCGGACCCAGCUUGUCACCAUGUGCCACAUGGGGCCGAAGGUCUUCAUCAACUGCGCCGGAUUCAUCAAGAUAGACACGGCGUCGCUGGGCGACAGCACGGAUUCCUACAUCGAGGUGCUGGAUGGGUCCAGGGUCCACCCGGAGACCUACGAAUGGGCCCGGAAAAUGGCUGUCGACGCCUUGGAGUACGACGAGUCGGCCGAAGACGCCAACCCGGCUGGUGCCCUGGAGGAGAUCCUGGAAAACCCAGAGCGGCUGAAGGACCUGGAUCUGGAUGCCUUUGCUGAAGAGCUGGAGAGGCAGGGCUACGGAGACAAACACAUCACCCUGUACGACAUCCGGGCAGAGCUGAGCUGCCGCUACAAGGACCUGAGGAGCCAGUACCGCUCUCCCAACUCCGAGGAGGUCUUCAACAUGCUGACCAAAGAGACGCCCGAGACGUUCUACAUCGGUAAACUGAUCAUCUGCAACGUGACGGGGAUAGCCCACCGGCGGCCGCAGGGGGAGAGCUACGACCAGGCCAUCCGCAAUGACGAGACGGGCCUGUGGCAGUGCCCCUUCUGCCAGCAGGACAACUUCCCCGAGCUCAGCGAGGUCUGGAACCACUUUGACAGCGGCUCCUGCCCCGGCCAGGCCAUUGGGGUGAAGACGCGGCUGGACAACGGGGUCACGGGCUUUAUCCCGACCAAAUUCCUCAGCGACAAGGUGGUCAAGAGGCCCGAAGAGAGGGUCAAGGUGGGGAUGACCGUCCACUGCAGGAUCAUGAAGAUUGACAUUGAGAAGUUCAGCGCUGACCUGACCUGCCGGACGUCGGACUUGAUGGACAAGAGCAACGAGUGGAAGCUGCCCAAGGACACGUACUACGACUUUGAUGCCGAGGCCGCCGACCACAAGCAGGACGAAGAACUGAAGAGGAAGCAGCAGCGCACGACAUACAUCAAGCGGGUGAUUGCCCACCCUUCCUUCCACAACAUCAACUUCAAGCAGGCCGAGAAGAUGAUGGAGACCAUGGACCAAGGCGACGUCAUCAUCCGCCCCAGCAGCAAAGGGGAGAACCACCUGACGGUCACCUGGAAAGUGUCGGACAACAUCUACCAGCAUGUGGACGUCCGUGAGGAGGGAAAGGAGAACGCCUUCAGCCUGGGCGCCACCCUCUGGAUCAACACAGAGGAGUUCGAAGACCUGGAUGAAAUUGUGGCCCGCUACGUCCAGCCCAUGGCAUCCUUCGCCCGGGAUUUGCUCAGCCACAAAUACUACCAGGAUUGCAACGGAGGAGACCGGAAGAAACUGGAGGAGCUUCUGAUCAAAACCAAGAAGGAGAAGCCCACCUUCAUCCCCUACUUCAUCUGUGCCUGCAAGGAGCUGCCGGGCAAGUUCCUGCUGGGCUACCAGCCGCGUGGCAAGCCAAGGAUCGAGUAUGUGACCGUGACGCCAGAAGGAUUCCGCUACCGCAACCACAUCUUCCCCACAGUCAACGGGCUGUUCCGGUGGUUCAAGGACCACUAUCAGGACCCUGUGCCAGGGAUCACUCCCAGCAGCAGUAGCAGGACCAGGACCCCGGCAUCCAUCAAUGCCACCCCUGCCAAUAUUAACCUUGCAGAUCUGACCCGUGCGGUGAACGCCCUGCCGCAGAACAUGACCUCCCAGAUGUUCAGCGCCAUCGCAGCGGUGACGGGUCAGGGGCAGAACGCCAACGCCACCCCUGCACAGUGGGCUUCCAGCCAGUAUGGUUAUGGGGGCAGUGGCGGCGGUAGCAGUGCAUAUCACGUCUUCACGACACCAGCUCAGCAGCCGGUGGCCACCCCGCUGCUGACGCCCAGCUACUCCUUCACCACCCCCAGCCAGCCCAUCACGACACCUCAGUAUCCUCAGCUCCAGGCCAACACCACCCCGCAGUCCACCCAGUCCCAGCCGCCAUCCCAGCCCUCUUCCAGUUCCGGGCAGAGGCAGCAGCCCAAGUCCAGCUCCCACACAGCCAUCGACUGGGCCAAGAUGGCCGAGCAGUGGCUCCAGGAGAAGGAGGCCGAGCGCCGGAAGCAGAAGCAGCGCCUGACCCCCCGCCCUUCGCCUAGCCCCAUGAUCGAGAGCACGCCCAUGUCUGUGGCCGGAGACGCCACCCCGCUGCUGGACGAGAUGGACCGGUAGUCGUCCUUGCUGCCACCCGGAGGGAAAGAGCCCGCCGAGAACAGCUCUUCUGCCUUUGCCACGCUGCUCCAUCUUCUGUUUCGGCUUUUUUGUUUUUCCAUUGAACAAGAAGGCACGCCGGGGACGCUGGGCCAGCGCCCUUUGGAUGGCGUGGAGCCUGGAGGCCGCCGUGUGUAUGCUGGCAGCGGAGGCCGCCUUGGCCGCUGGGUGGGGCCUUGUCCUUCUUCCUGGCGCUCUCGCGGCGGGCAGCGGCCGACCGGCCCCGUCUUCCAGAGCGAUGCUUUCUUUUCCUCCUGGCCCUCCAGCUGUGCAGAAGGACGGGGGUUCCAGGGGAGGAGGAGGAGGAGGACCCGGCUAACCGCUGGGCCAGAGCAAUCUGCCUGUCGCCACUCUCGGCUGAAUGGUUGUAUUGUAUUGUGUAAAGGGCUUGGUUUCGGUGAGCCCCGCCGUCCUGCCAGAGCGUCCCGGCUGUGAACGUCGCUCCCCCCCCCCCCCCAAAUCAACUCAGUUUCUCUGGCACUCGUCGGGACAAUAUUUAUUCAGUUGUAUUACCUUAAGAGAAAAGGAAAAGUCCGCCAAGCGAAACCCUGGGGAGCAGCCGCUUUUGUGAGCGAGUGCUGUGAGAGGGCUCUAGCGGUUGCAGUGGCCUGAAUGCCAAGUAGUACAUCCUCCCACCCCCUCCCGCACCCACUUAUUAACAGCAAAGAGGGAAUAAAUAAUGUUUCUACUGAACUUUGGUUGAGGGUUUCUCUCCUCUGCCAGCCGGAGAGGUGGAGUGAGGCGGGGGAUUGGCUAGUGUCCAUGGCUCUGGUUCCUGCGGGGUCAGUCAGAUUUUUUUUGGUUUUUUUUUUGAGGUUUUCACAUAUUGGGAUUUCAGGGCAGGAGAGGAGAGCUUUGCACUGUUGUGACCCAGAACAUGAGAGAUUCUGAACCAGUGUCGGCUCCGAAUGCUGCUUCUUCCAGGGAAUUUCAGGGCCAGGUUGCAGGGAGGAGGAUUGCUCCUGCCCGCUGCCGAUCGAGGGCAGCCUUGUGAGUUCCCUUGAGAUUUAAGCAGCUGGAGAAAGUCUGCAGAGGAGAAGGGCCUUUCCUGCUGGGGCGCGGUAGGGCUGGCUACCUCUGGCUUGUGCUUAGCAACCAGUGUGAGCCACGUUGCUGGGCCGCCAGGCUCCUUUAGAGUCGAGACUUUGGGAUCGUCCGUGGCUUUCCCCCCUUAUCAAUAAAACCUUGUUCUUGGGA